AUGAUAAAUAAUUCUUUUCUGCUUUUUGCAUAGUUAAUAGUUUUAAUUUCUGGAAUUCUUAAGUAUGAUUCUGGAGCUUUUUCUGGAUUUUCAACUUGUCAGAGUGGAAACACUUAAACAUACACAAUUAAUUUUAAUGGAGUUUUUGGCAAUGUUCCACAACUAAUUUUGGGUCUGGAGAAAAUUGACAUGGGAAAAGGUGCAGAUUUUAGGAUAUAAGCCUAAAAUAUUUAGACUACAAGUAUUGAUUUCAUUAAUUAUUAGAUUUUGAAUUAUAGUUGAAUUGUGUUACAUCUACUCCUUUUUAUUCAGCAAUUUUUAAUUGGUAUGCCAUAGAUGAUCAAAGGAUCUAGGUUAUAAAUAAUUUUAAUAUGGAAAAUCCUGAUAAUUAGGUUUUCGAUCAUGAUAAUGCAAAUGCAAUUUUUGGAAUAUUGUCUAUUACAAGUAUGGGAAUAUAUCAUGAUGUGGAUUUCUAAAUAUCUGUACAAUAUUAUUAUAAUUAGUUAUAGAUAUCAUCAAUAACAACCACUCAAGUUACUGUAAGUAUUACAAAGCAUAAUUGGUGGUUUGUAAAUCUAAAAUAAAUUGGUUAUUAGAUUAUAUUAGGAAUUCAAGAAGCUCUGACAGAUGUUGAAAUAUUGUUCCAUACAAGUUAAUACAAUAGUGGAUUAUUAACAUAAUAUCCAAAUAAAUGGUUAUUUUUAUCUUAUAAUGGUUUUGCUUUGAAUAAUAACAUAAGAACUAGAUCAGUACGAACAUCAGUGUCAGAAUCAUACAUUGUUGAGACAUGUAAUAUCGAUUAAAUAAUGUUUAGGGUAUGGAACUUAUAUAAAUAAUUAUCACUUAAAAAGCUGGAUUGCUUAUCAAUUUACAACAGUAUUUUAAGCAUUUGAAUGCUUAACUUUAAGAAUAUCUUAGGCUCUUGAUAUGGAAGUAUAGAUAAAACCUAAGAUAUUUCUUGAAAUAAAUGAAAUAACUUAAUCAUUUUCAUCAUCAACAUAUCUAAUUAUUGAUAAAACAUUAAACCUACUUAAUAUGAAAAUCUAUAUGAAAUGUACAAAAACAAAAACAAUAGCAAGUUAAUUUUUGAAAUGUUAGAGUUGUUCAACAAAAAAAUACUAUAAAUUUUCUCAUUAUUGUCAUGGAACUAUUGAUGCUGUUACUUAUUUUCCUAGAUUCUAAUUGGCUUAAUCUGUCUAUAAAGAAUUAAAUGUUAAUAUACUGGUUGAUAGAAUUAUUAUUACUUAAGUAUUGUAUAAUCAAGUUUAAUCAUCUGAAACACUAUUGGAUAUACAAGUUUUGAAUUCCUGA